UUCUUCGGAAUUAUAUCCAAUAGAGGUUGAUAAUUUUAACUUUAGUUAUUUUUCAUGUCAAAGUAUCGGUAACAAAAUCUAAUUUUGCUUUGUUUAUCCACCAAGUUGAAGAGUUGAGAAAAUGAACAAAAUCGGUUUGUUUAUCGCAUGUCUUUACGCAGUUUUGCUUCGACCAAAUAGUGGUUUCGUUGAUGAGCCAGCCGAAGGUGUCGCUAAUUCAAUAGAAGUUGAAGAUGUAUCUAAUUUAAAUGAAGGUGUUGCUUUCACUUCCCCAGUGGCAGAUCAACCAGCGAUCAGAAGUAAUUUCGUGAAUUCCAAGCAAUUCUUCUUGGUCACUACGGAAAAGGUCAAUUGGUUCAAAGCCGCACAUAUUUGUAAAUUCAAUGGCAUGGAAUUGGCCAGCAUUGAUUCGAUGGAAGAAAACAAUAUUAUCUCAAUGCUCAUAAAUAUGUCCGGUUGUGGGGACGAAGCGCAGAAUUUGUGGACUUCGGGUAAUGACCUUGGCGCUUCUAGAGAAUGGUAUUGGUUAGCCAAUGGCAAACCAAUUGAUUUUACUAAUUGGGGAACUGAUGAACCAAACAACAUCAAUGAAAGAUGCUUGGAGAUAAGAUGGAAAGACACGACUUGGAGUUGGAAUGACCGUACAUGUAAUACUGAAUUAUUCUUUAUUUGUGAAAUGAAAUUCAAUUAAAUUUUGUGAUAUUAUUUGGGAACUAAGUGAUUUCGU